UUCUAAUAACUGUGCUCCUACUUAGGAUUUAAGUUUCUCACAAGAAAAACAAAAAACAAAAAAGAUAAAACCUGAUAAAACGAAAACAAAAAUUCUUUAUCAAAAUCCUUUGAAUAUCUUUCUCUAGUUUUUACGAUCUGAUUGAUCGAAGUCGUCGAUCCAAUCGAAGCAUGGGACGAAUUGUCGGUGGCAAAUACAAGCUUGGCCGUAAGAUCGGUGGUGGAUACUUUAGUGAAAUUUAUCACGCUACGCAUAUUGACACGUCUGAGAUCGUCGCUGUUAAGAUCGAGAACAAUAAAACAAGGCAACUGCAACUGCUUUACGAAGCGAAAUUGUACAAGAUUCUUCAAGAAGGAAGUGGAAUUCCGAUCAUAAAAUGGUCAGGUGUUGACAGGGAAGAUAAUCUACUUGUUCUCGAUUUACUCGGACCGAGUCUGGAAGAUCUUUUGGUGUACUGUUCCAGGAAGUUUACGCUGAAAACUGUCUUAAUGUUGGCUGAUCAAAUGGUGGUCACUUGGCUAUGUACUUUUAUAUUUUCUAAGUGGAAGCCUUCAUGGCAAGAUUUCAAAGCUGCCAUAAAGAAGCAGAAAUAUGAUCAAACACGUGAGAAGUUGUCCACUCUUAUUGAGGAUCUGUGUAAGCCCCAUCCUGUGGAGUUCACAUCAUACUUUCAUUAUUGCCAUUCCUUGACAUAUGAUCAACGUCCUGAUUAUGGAUUCUUGAAGCGUCUGUUCCGUAAUUUAUUUGUUCGUGAAGGUUAUAAGUUUGACUUCAUAUAUGACUGGACGAUCAACAAGUACCAGCAGGCCCCAAAAAUUAGAUCUCAGCCCCGAUUAUCUCCACUUGCUGGAGGUAGCUGCUGUGAUCAAUUACCAGUGGGUGUGGAUAGUCAUCAAGUGAUGACAGUUGGCAAUGGAACGAAGGAAGCUGGUGAAGGAUCGAGCAAGCCAGUUAACCAGGAGGGCGAGGUAAAGGAAGUACGGGUGGCAGGUUCUAGAAAGAAUGAAGAAGAUCGCAUGAUUGGCAAAGCCGUUAGCAUUGGGAAUGGAGAUAUGUGAGGUGGCAAGAAAUGAGCUGGAACCGUUAGAAUUAUGAUGAUUAGUGAUGAUAAAACUCUUGUACUUCAAUACUUAAUAAUUGGUGUGCAUAUAUAUAUAUAUAUAUAUGAUUUUAUUGU